AUGCCCCACCACGCUCUCAGGACUUCUACUUCUUUGCUCUCUUCCUUCCGCUCCUCUCAAUCAUCCACCCUCCGAGCACCUCUCAACAAACGCUUCUUCACUCCAUCAGCAGCCAACAUGGUCAUCAAGACUUACUUCGAUGUCUCCUGGUACGGCCCGGAGGUACAGGUGAACAACAACGGCGACAUCACCUCCAAGGGCGCCGAGAAGGACCAGCAGGGUCGCAUCAACUUCGAGCUCUUCGACGACGUCGUCCCCAAGACGGCCGAGAACUUCCGUGCUCUCUGCACGGGCGAGAAGGGCUUCGGCUACUCUGGCUCCAAGUUCCACCGUGUCAUCCCUCAGUUCAUGCUUCAGGGUGGUGACUUCACCCGUGGCAACGGCACUGGUGGCAAGUCCAUCUACGGCGAGAAGUUUGGCGACGAGAACUUCAAGCUCAAGCACGACAAGCCCUUCCUCCUGUCCAUGGCCAACGCCGGCCCCAACACCAACGGCUCGCAGUUCUUCGUCACGACCGUCGUUACCUCGUGGCUCGACGGCAAGCACGUCGUCUUCGGUCGCGUCCCCGCUGGUGACGUCGAGUCGAUGAAGAUUGUGCGUGCCAUCGAGGCUGUUGGCAGCAACUCCGGCGCUGUCAAGUACUCGUCGAAGCCCCCCACCAUCACCGGUGCUGGCCAGGCUUAG